CCGAAGGCCGUCGGACGUUGGUGAAAAUGAUCAAAAAUGGCGGUCAACAUUUUAAAAAACCGCUGGCGGGGAAAGAGUUACAGAGAUGAACUGUCCCAAAUAAUAUUAAACUAAUACAAACGAGGUGUGACGUCACCGCCCACGUACAGGCCCCCGAUAUUUGCGGCGCACCGCCGGUUUAGUACCAAAUUAACAAAGGCGUUUUAAACAAGGCUAAACGUAAACGGGAAUAAUAAACGUGUGUGUGUGUGCGCGUCAAAAACUAAGAGGCCAUAAUAGUAUUUUUCUUCUACAUGAUAUAUGCACGCAAACGCGCGUACACGAAUCGCAAUAAACGCAAACCUUAUAGUAAAUUUAUGAUGAGAGGCGAGUCUAAAAAUAAACAAAUAAUGGUUUCCAGCUCCGAGCGCGCGCUUGCCUAGUGAACAGACGCUCGCGCUACAGGAGACGGGGCUCGCGCGCAGCCAAGUUCACACACUGAGAAGCGUUUUGCUCCGGAGCGGAUAGAGGCACCGAAUGCUGCGGCGCACUGCACCGGUCAUUAUGAGAGAAGAGGGGCGUCGUGGACGAGUAGAGCCCAGUUCUUCAAGGUACUUCUGCGGCAGCAUCCUCUCCUCGUCUUAACGUCUCACUGAACUACCCAACAUGUCUUUUCCGCAUACCUCUGUGAUCCAUCCCGAAACAGAACCGGUUUCACCUGAUCCUCCGCUAUGAUCGCGGCCAGCGCGUUUGCUCAACAAAAGGGAUCCCGGUAUAGAAUCGCUACGGAAGGUCCGUCACCGUCGGUGAGGGACCCACGCACCUCUUUUAUUUUCAAUUUCAACCGUUUCGCUUGGUGGACGGCUGCCAAAUAUUCUGGCUACCCUGGAGUCCGUAGAAAGCGAGGGCCGGGAUGGAGAAGUGUUGUCGCAGCUGUAUGCCUUGUCUGAAGGCGCUGUGGGACUGCAUAUGGCCCGAGUUUUACUAUCCGAGCAUGGCUCGACCGGCCGAGAUCCGCACGAUUUCGGGUGAUAUCCGGGUCCCGGCUCCGAAGAGGAAACCGGCGCAGCUGUACGCGGCGCUCUUCGACUUCGAAGCCCGCAGCGAGGAAGAGCUGACGGUGAGAGAAGGGGACAAGCUGUCUGUCAUAGAAAAGAGGGGAGAUUAUGUGCUUGCCAAGAAGCUGACGGGGUCCCUGGAGUCCGGAUUGGUCCCUGCUAAUUAUGUGGCCCUAGUACAGGAUGAAUUCGCUAACUACAGAUGGUAUUAUGGGAAUAUAAACAGACAAAAGGCCGAGAAGCUGCUCCUGAGCUCACAGAACAAAACUGGCUCCUUCCUGGUGAGGAUCAGUGAGAGCCACAGCGAUGAAUAUACUAUCUCAGCCAGAAGUGAAAAUAGCGUCUUCCAUUUCCGUAUUCAUCGCUCACCGAUUGGUGCUUACUUUGUAUCUGACAAGAUCUCUUUUGGCACACUGGAUGAACUCAUCAGAUACUACCAGCAAAACUCCAGAAGUCUGGGAUGCCCCUUAGACCAGCCAUGUGAACAGCAAAGAGAGUUGUUUGACAUGGAGCCGUGGGAGCGGCCGAGGGAGGAGUUUCAGCUACUCAAGAAGCUGGGGGAGGGCCAUUUUGGGGAAGUCUGGGAAGCUGUCUGGAUCACAAAGAAACAAAAAGUGGCCAUCAAGAUGCUCAAACAAGAGGACACAAAAUUGGAUGAGUUUGUGAAGGAGGUCCAUGCACUGAAGAACCUGCACCAUCCCAAACUGAUCGAGCUGCUGGCUCUGUGCACUCGAGGGGAGCCGGUCUACAUUGUCACUGAGCUCAUGACUAAAGGAAGUCUCAAAUCAUAUCUUGCUUCGCCGGAGGGUCAGGUGUUGACCUCUGCUCACCUGAUCUACAUGGCUGGUCAGAUAGCAGAAGGAAUGGCGUACCUGGAAGAUCGACACAUUGUCCACAGGGACCUUGCCGCUCGAAACAUCCUGGUCGGAGAAGACCUGGUGUGUAAAGUGGCUGAUUUUGGUUUGGCUCGCAUCAUUAAGGAUAGUGUGUAUACUGCUAGUAGAAGCACUAAGAUUCCUGUGCGGUGGACGGCUCCAGAAGCUGCUCUCUAUCAGCGUUUCUCCGUCAAAUCUGACGUCUGGUCCUUUGGAGUGCUGCUGUAUGAGAUGAUGUCACGAGGAAAGAUGCCAUAUGAUGGGAAGAAUAAUAAGGAGGUGUUGGAGAUCCUGUCCUCGGGUUACAGGUUACCGUGUCCGAAUCGCUGCCCCCCAAACAUCUACCGCAUUAUGCUGGAAUGCUGGCACGGGGAGGCCUCCAAACGACCCUCGUUUCAUGCCCUUCACAGUCAGAUGGAAAAUAUCUACUCCAGGAUCUACUUCAAGACCAUCGAGGUGUAGAAGACUAGACCGAAACAGAAGAUUUUGUGGGAGGACGAAGAAAAGAUUUGCAUGGACAAAAGUGCACAGACUCUCUUUGUGAUUGCUUAUAUUAACGAAGUUAUGUGCAAUAAUUAAUGCUUGUUUAAGGAUUUUAAAGACAGGAUCAGAGAUUCAUCGACGGUUGAGAAGAGAAACACGCGUCUCCUUAAUCUGACAGGGCCAGAUUAAUUGUAGCUAGUUAUAGCGAAUCUCGAUCAUGAUUGGAUCAAGACGCCGAGCACUGUUAUUUACCGUCAUGAUAACAAUAAUAGUCUUUUAGACUGCACUUAGUGUAUUUUGCGUGCUAGAGUUGAUCCGGCCCGUUCAGUUUCUGUAGUUAAUAGGUACAGGAGAUUAUUUGAUCUGAUGUUUUCAGGUCAGAGUUUAUGUUUACAAAAGAUUCACCUGCCGAGGACAGGUGUUGAGAAGGUGAAAACUAUGGCCAUUUUAAGUUCAAACUGUCGAGUGUCUUGUGCCUAUGUGAAGGCAGGCUGCACAAAUAACCGUACCAGGUACACGAUCUUGAAAUCAACACUGUGGUUAACACAGGAGCCAUACGACAAAACUACCUGGGUAGGUGUCCUCAUGAUCGGUUUCGUAGAAAUCACAUCCAUGUCAGAAGUCAAUUGUCUUCCAAUGAAUUAUACAAGAUGAAUUCCUAAGACAACUCUUGUGAAUAAAAUAUUUUUUCAGUA